CGCCACUUGUUUGAAUAUUUGUAACUAUUGGUGCUGCCUCGAGGCCGAAUUUAUUUUAUAGUCGAUGGAUCACAUUUUUCUCAUCACAUUUUCCUUUUAACGGGAAUCCAGAUGGAAUAGAUUCUUAACCCACUGCACUUUUAUAUAGUGACAGAAGCUAUUUUCAUCAGUAAUUCACGCAGAAGGUUACAGGUAAUAUGUUCGUUUUUCUGCAAAAUCUGACCUUGAAAAGUUGAGACGUAGUCUGUUUUGAAGAUUUCGAAAGGAAUGUUUUCAAGAUAUGGGUUUUCUUGAGUUGAUUUGGAAAAUUUUCGGUUUCCCCAGGAAAGAAGUUAAAGUCCUGGUAAUUGGAUUGGAUAACAGUGGGAAGUCGACUAUUCUAAAUAAAUUACAAUCGAAGGAUGCACAGAAGUCUAUAGUAGUUCCUACUAUUGGAUAUAAUGUUGAAAAGCUUAAAUUUAAUGAAGUGAUGUUUGUUUGUUUUGAUAUGUCAGGUAGUGGCACUUACAGAAGUUUAUGGGAGAAGUUUUAUAAGGAAUGUCAGGCAAUCAUCUAUGUAGUUGACAGUUCAGAUGAAUUGAGACUUAUAAUUGUGGAGGAUGAGUUUCAGCAACUUCUAAAACAUCCAGACAUAUGCAACAAGAAAAUUCCAAUCCUUCUGUUUGCCAACAAAAUGGACUUAGCUAACUCUUUAACCUGUGAAGAAAUCAUCAAGAUUCUUGGUCUUGAAAAUGUAAGAAAUAAAUCUUGGAGGAUUUUCUCUUCAAAUGCAAUUAACGGUGAUGGAUUGAAUGAUGGUUUAAUGUGGUUAUUCCAGCAACUCAUGCUUAACAAAAACUAAGGUUCAAAUGGUGGUUUAAAUAAUGAAAGAUUCAAGUAAAGCAUUUGAACAUAUUACAUAGAUCGGAUAAUCUUGAGGUUCAUGAAAAAAUCUUUUAACCAUAGAUUUUUAUCUCAAUCUUUUGUAUUUUCUCUACUAUGGUUGUGUAAUUGUUUGUUGUAGUAUUUUGGCUCUUUUAGUAUCAAAUAACUGUAACUUACAGCAGAAUGAUGCUUAUUCUGUUAGUUUUCUAUUUUGAUUAUUACCUCAUCAACUGUACAAGUUAACUUAAGUAUAAUUAUAUUUUCUGCUUGAGUGCAUUAAACUGUUCACAAAGAUUAUUCGUUUAUGUAUUUUUGAGAUGAAUGGGGAUUUUUAAUUUAGAAGUAGUAUUUAUCAUGGACUGACAUCAGUUGGGGAACCAUUGGAAAUCUGGGAGCACUGGACAGCUGUUUCGUCC